AAACGUGAAAUAAACAUUUGCAUGAGACAACAAACAACACAUUGCAUAUUAACAUUAAAUGUUCUGCAAUUAAUUGUGCGGAGAUUUAACUAUUUUUUUAUAAUUGCAUCAUUGGUGAUUUCAAAGAGUGAGUACCAGUGCGGCGGUAUAAUUGGGACACUAUCAAUAAUGUUUUGUUUUGCGUUUGUUUUGUAGAUAACUGGAGAAUAAAGUUUCACAUUACGAGUUAAUAGUUUGAAAAUGGGAGUUCAAGGUCUUUGGCAGCUGUUGGAACCUGCCGGUCGUCCCGUUGAAGUGCACACUUUGAGAGGAAAAAUUCUUGCCGUGGACGCCUCUAUUUGGUUACACCAGCUUGUGAAAGGAUUCCGUGACAAGGAUGGCAACCCGCUACCAAAUGCUCACUUGCUUGGAGUGUUUUACAGAGUUUGUAAACUUCUGAGUUACGGAAUCAAGCCGAUUUUUGUGUUUGACGGAGGCGUUCCAAUUCUUAAGCGACAAACGUUGGCAGGAAGACGAAAACAUAAACUGGAAGCUAUCGACAAAUCUGAGGUAGCACGACAAAAGUUGUUAUCCAAUUUUAUCCGACAACAAUUGCAUCGAGGGACGAGACCGGUAGAUCCAAAUCAACAAUUGGAUCCUCAAAUUGCUUCCUCCUCUGCUUCGUCAAGUUCACCGAAAAAAUCAUCCACUGCUACUUCAUCUCCAACGAAGAGGGAUAAAUUUCAGGAUGUGGAUCUCGAAUUACAAAAGUUUAGAGAAAAAUUUGCCUCGAGCACUGAAAUGGAUGUUGAUCGUGUCGACAAAACCUGUAUCAAAGUCGACACAGUAGACGAUGAUGAGGAUGACAGUUCGGAUGAGGAGCGAUCUCGUAGAUACGGAAUGGAUUACGCGGAAAACUUUUCUGCCAUCACCUCCAAAGAUUUUAACGUUCUUCCACUUGAAACGCAACACGAGAUCUUGUUUGAAAUGCAAGAAUCCAGGAAGAUGAAUUCAUGGGGAAAAAUGGAGCAAAUGCCAAAUAAUUUGCAAGACUUUAGUAGUUAUCAAAUGGACAGACUUGUGAAGAGGAGAUUUUUACAAAAGAAAAUUCAAUCCGUUCAGCAGGAGAUGGGAAAGCGACAUAUUCAUGUCCAAAAUUUGGACGAACUUUUAAAAAUGAAUUAUAAUUUUGAUAGCGAUGACGUUGUUGGAUCUAAAGAUAAAGGAUUCGUUCUUGUGAAGAAAAGUCCGCUUAAAAAGAUACAGAAUAAGGAUUCAGAGGAAAGUUCAUCACUUACGAUGGACGAGGACUCAAACAGCAUGAAAACUUUGGUUGACAAGGUUGACACAGACAGUGAAACUAAUGAUUUUAACAAAACAGUAUCCAACGACGAAACAUUUAACUUGGCAUCCGGUUCAGCAAGGUCACCGUCCAAUUCAAAUCAACUAGCUUCUGAUUUAGACGAGGAAGAACAAAUAGCACUAGCAAUCAAAUUAUCCUUGGAGCAAAGUAGCACUGAUUCUACUAUUGUUACAGUAUCUCCCACAAAGGAAAUCAGCACAAAAGAACAAGAUAUUAUAAAGGGUAAUGAUGAAUUAAAAGUCCAAAGCGGUUCAACAAAUAAACAUAUCUCACCAUCUAAACCGCUGGUAAUCCUCCCUGCAGCAUCAUCAAGUUGUUCCAAAUUUUUAGAUGUUGUUGGAUUUUCAUCUCGAGCUGUUUCAAGUGGAACAACUCCCACUAAAAAAAUUCCUGAAAGUGUUAGCGAAAGUGACGAAAGUGAUGAUGAUUUUGAUGAUGUAGAAGAAGAAGGGGAAUCCAUUGUGCAAGAAAUUGGUGAAAAUAAUAAGGAACAUGACAUCGUCAACAACCUAUUAAAUAAUUCGUCGCAAGUUAACAACAACAACUCGGGGUCUAGUACCUUUGCAAUUGCAACAAUAAAUAUCGCAGAUGUGGUUUCUUCUUCAGCACAAAGUGACGGAGAUGACAUGUUUGCUGACAUUUUCGAAAAUGAUGAGAAUACUGAGAUAACGCCAAAUAGGGAUGUUGAAAGACAAGAGUCAAAGCCACGCGUGGAGGAAGCAAUUAAUUGGGAUUCAGACCCUGAUACCGAGUUCAUUGAAGAGUUGGGAAAAAAGACCCCAAUUAAAACCGUCCAAGAAACUGGAAACCAGGAAAUUAACCGAACGCUUGGAAGAAUGCCCCAGCAGUCAAAUUUUACAGAAGUUAGGAUGAUAACAGCCGAAUAUAUGCAGGCUCAGGAAAGUUUGAAUGCUGAAAGAACAAAACUGCAGUCUGAGAAAGGAUUUCAGGCACGUGUUGCGACAUCAAUUUCAGAUCAGAUCAGUGUAGAAACGCAAGAAUUGUUAGGAUUGUUCGGGAUUCCAUACAUCAUUAGCCCUCAUGAAGCAGAAAGUCAGUGUGCGUUUUUAGAUGUUGCUUGUUUAACGGAUGGAACAAUUACUGACGACUCAGACGCUUGGCUGUUUGGUUCAUUACGCGUUUACAAGAAUUUUUAUGGACAUAAAUCCAUAGAGUUUUAUCAACUUGCAGACAUUACACAGAACUUGAAUCUGGACAGAGAAAAACUUGUACUAAUAGCCAUGUUGAGUGGGGGUGAUUACAGUGACGGGAUUGAGGGUGUCGGGCCAGUGACGGCGUUGGAAAUUUUGGCUGAGUUUCCUACGAAUGAAAUUAGUGCUUUCGACACCUUAGUAAAGUUCCGUGAGUGGUGGGACAUGAUAAAUCUUCCAGACAUCAGUAUACCAGAAGACAUGCCUAAAAUUCGCGAAAAACUUAAAAAAUUAAAACUGCAACCUGGGUUUCCAAGUGAAGCCGUGUAUCAGGCAUAUAUGAAUCCUUCAAUUGAUACCUCGACAGAAACAUUUCGAUGGGGAAAUCCAGACCUUGAUGCAAUAAAAACCUACGCCUCCAAUAAGUUCGGGUGGGAUCAGGCUAAAUGCGAUUCAAUGUUGCUGCCCGUUAGUAAGAAUUUGCAGUGUCAAAUGGACAAAUUGAAACAACCAACUUUAGACAGCUUUCUACUCUCAAAUCGUCAAGAUUUGAAUCAACCUGUUAAACGAAAGCGAGGAAGCAAACGUCUCGACAACGCCUUCAAGAAACUCAAACAAAAUAGUAUUCCAGUCGAUGAGGUGGCACUAAGUUCCGAAUCAAGUUCUGAAGAAGAAGUCUUGGAAGAAUCCCCUCCUCUUCGUCCUAAGAAGAAAGUACCACCGCCCCCACGUCCAAAGGCGAAACUCAAUAAUGAUUACAAGAAAAACGAAGAACCUUCAGCAUCUCGUUCACUAGAGGAAAUUAAUGUAAACCUACAUCGUAACAAAACUGUCAAUAUUCCUCAAGUGAUGCAAAGCGCCACAGAUCAAUCUCGUGCUAAGCAAAAGGCGAUAGAAAUAUUCAAGUCAAAGAACACAAAGAAAUAAACAAGCAACAUUUUAAUAAUCAAUUUA